UUUUUAUUCCCUCCGAAAAAGACUACAACACUUUCAUACAGUUUCCGACUUUUUUCACAAGAAUCUCAUGUAUUAAGCUUUGAUUUAAAGAAAAUUCUGAGUUUUCUAAUAAAUGCCAACUUGCAUUUUUUUAACAGAUUCAACAAUUUACAAACCAUAAUCAUAUAGUUCAGUACAUUUUUUUUAUUAGUUAGUAUAAUAUAUUUAAUCAUUUAAUAUAGCUAAAGAUUUCCCAAAAAAUAUAUUUUCUAAAUAAUUAGUUAAUCAAAAUUGCUUAUAUAUUUUAAUUGCUAAUUUUGUCUGAUAACUAAAAAUUUAUGUACAUAAAUUAUUUUUAUAUGUAUGGGAGAUAAUAUAUAUAUAUAUAUAUAUGUGAAUAUCUUUAGUUAAUUUAAUAUAUCUUAUUAGCUUUUUAUUUAAUAUUAUUUAUAUUAUUUUUAAAUAAUAUUGUUACAAUUUAUACAUCAAAAUUGUUACCAGUUAAUUAUAUUACUAAAAUAGUAACUCAUUUUUUAUAUCAAACGAGAAUUCACAACUUUUACCCCAUAGUUUUUACUGCAAGUUACAUCAAAUCAUAUUUUUUAAUUGUAAAUCAACUCAAAUACUACAUGUGUCACCAAUCGGAGACAUAAUCUUUAAGCCUGAAAAAGGAAAUUCUAUAUAACAAGAAAAAGGAAAUAAAACAGUAAAAAGGAAAAUGUUAGACUUGUAUCAGUAAAAAUGGAAAUUGAUGUGAUCCCACUCUUAAUCCAUCUACUAUAAAUACAAACUCGACCCUAAUUAAACCGAACAUCAUCCAUUCAUCUUAUUUCUUUUACGUAACACGUAGAAAAAUUAGGUCAAAUUCCUGUUCAAUAGUUUUCUUUGAGUAAACUAGUCAUGAGAGCCAGUUUCUACCACGAAGUCUUUGGUGAUUCUCAACCGGAAGAUGCUGGCACGAUCACAGUCACUGCCACAAUCCUUGGCGACGAUGAUGACUUUGACACGUCAUUCACGACAAGCUCGCUUCCCAUACAAGACUUCUUCGGUUUAGAUGGUCAGAACGAAAACUACGUGUGUCAAAUCAUACGAGAAUUGAUGUGUUUCCUUCUGGAAGCAGAUAUCGACGCGGACACUAUUAGAGAUACGAUGAUGAAACUACUUGGCUACGUUCUUAUUGUAACUUGUUUCAGUAGUAGUGGGUACUCUCCUGGAUGUGAUUUAUCGGUUGAGUUGGAUCUCUCUCCUUAUUAUCUCCAUGAUGAUGAUGACUCCCAGUCACAGAUUGAAGAAGCCGCUCAAGUCUUGUUCGAUGAGAUCACUAAUAACACCCGGUUUAGACCCGCUAGCAAGCUCGCGGUCAAAUCCCUAAUCAGGAAAAUUUACAAGAAGAAGAAUAGCGCCUUGGAAGAGUGCACGAUUUGUUUGGAAGAGUUUAAGAAUGGAGGAACAGUUGUGCCUUUGCCUUGUGGACACGAGUUUGACGAGGAGUGUAUCGUCAAGUGGCUUGAGACAAGUCAUGUUUGUCCAUUGUGUCGUUUGGAGUUUCCAUGUGAAGAUCAAAUGAACUAAUUAAGUGCUCGAUGGAUUAAACAAUUAGUACGAGAGGGUAGAUUUGGCUUAUGAGAGUUACUUGUUGUGAUGAAGCUCUGUUUAGUAAUUUAAAAAAAACAAUUCGAUCCAUUUGUUUUGCUACUUUAGAGUAUGUUCUUUUGUACAAUAAUUGUUUUAUUAUAUUGAUUGUUCUUACAAACUAUCCAGCAACCCUAUAUACAGAAAAUGCCUAAAAUUAUCGAGAGUAUUGACAGUGGAUGUAAUUUAAUAAAAUAACAUCAAAAAGAGUAAAAAAAGAAUGGAGAUGAAUUUUAUUUUGAAAAAAAAAAUCUCACAAUACAAAGUUUUGUUCAUGUCUAUAUAAAAUUUAUUCAAAUCAUAUACAUAUUUAUUGAUUUAUGGUUUUAAUGAAACAUAUAUUUAUAUAAAUGUUUUCUAAAUAUUAAUAUUUACAUUUGACAUUAUCAAUGGUUCAAAAUAGUAAUUUCAACUAUUUUGAAUAAUUUUGUUUGAGAAACUAUGGAAAAGUACACAAUUUUAUGAUUAGGAAGAUUCCAAAAACAAAAUUGAAUAAAUUUAGUUAUUUUAUUAAUUUUUAUAAAUUUAAAUGAGUAAUUUGUUUACUCUAUCUGAAAACUUUUCUUUCCCAUAUUUUUAUUUUCUCUUGAAUAAAUAAAUAUUUUCAAAUAUAUAAUCUAAAAUAAAUAAUAAUAAAACAUAAAUUUGAAAUUAAACUAGACCCUGACCCGCGCAGGCGCGCGGGUAUAAAUUAUCGGUUUUUGGUUAUUUAU